CUUUGACACCGACGUUUCGCAAAAAGGGGAAAAAAGCAACUCAUUACAUCUAAUUAAUUCGGAGAACACGCUAUCAGACGAGAACAAAGAUAGCUUUUCUAAUUAGAGACUCAUAGGAAUUUAGCGAUAGUACCCGGUAUCUAUCGUAGAGAAGGACAGGAAACAAAACCUGAUAAUUCGAGACUGGACGACGAGUCGAUUCCUUCGCCUGUCCGUUCUCAGUACGUCGUUGUCAGUCGUAAAACCACCGAAUUGUGUAAGCCACUUAAAAUGCGCUGUACGUCGUUCUCCGUUAUUCUACUGUGCAUUCUCAAGUGUGGGUUUGUGCUUGCGAUAUGCACUGUGAGCAAGCACGAAGGAGGAUCAGCCCAUCGUUUGCAAUGCUUUAACGUUACUCUGCAAACGAUUUUGGAACAAACGACGAACGUAUCCUCUCUAUUGGUCUUUGACUCAAAUUUCCGAUACAUCACAGAACGAGCUUUUAUCAAAUACGCCAAACAUUUGCUGUUCUUGAACAUCUACAAUUGUCACGUAUACGACAUUCACGCUGAUGCGUUCGACAGCCUAGCUAGUUUGAGGAAACUCAGUCUACCUAGCAAUAAUAUCACAGAAGUGAAAGAGGCGUGGUUUAAGGAUCUGGUAUACUUGGAACAAUUAGACCUGUCGUUCAAUCGAAUCGAGAAAAUCGCUCCAGCAAUCUUUAGCAGAAUACCAUUACUCAAACGAUUCGAUAUCAGAGAGAAUCGCAUAACUUGCUUGGAUCCUUCAGCAUUUCCGGGUGGUAUCGACAAAAUUUAUUUUCACGGAAACCCCCUGGCUCUCUCAUGUCGAGGAGAGCUAACUCUGUGGAUGCGGGACCACGGGGUGAACUACAAGACCGAACAGAGUAAGAAGGAAGAGUGGUUGGAUAAGCUUCUUUGGCUCUGCGCCAUGGACGAUGCGAGCGUGGUCAAAUCAGAAGACUCGAUGAAAGAAUGCGUUAUCCUAAAUUUAUUCAAUCAGCUUCGUACAGGUCUGAGUACCGCGCAAUCGUAUCCCUUGCCCGUGGACUGUCCUGUUGAGAGCAAUUUUUUGAUGGCCUGUUUAGACACGGGGGCCACUAAUGGAAAAGUAAUCAAGAAUUUGCUCCUCUAUAUCCAUAAAACCAUGUCAUAUCGUUAAAGAGAAAUUGCACGAUUGUAUAACCGAUCAAGUUAAAUUGUAAUGUCUCGUGUUAAGAGCUUGUUUACGAAUAAAAAUCGAUGAUAGUUAAAAAAUAAGAAUUGUGCAACGUUAAAAAGUUUCGAUGUUAACACAAAGAGAAACGUAUCGGUCAACUCGAGCCUUCGUUCGUACGGAAGGAAUACUAAUUUCGUGGCGAUUAACCAGAAAGUGCGGAAUUAAAGGU